CAUCAAUGCAUCAAUUUCUCAUUGCAAAGUAAAAUUCCUACAAUCUUCACAACUUCAAUAUCAUCUUAACCCUUCUUAAACAAAAUUUCAAAAUGAUUAGAAUUCAAUCUCUCUUAUCCUUCUCAAUUGCAAUACUAGUUUCACUCUUGUGUUCCACCACCACAACUUUAUCUCAAUUAUCACCAGCUAAAGCUCCAAUUCAACCUACACUACCUUCCCCAACACAACCAGCUGCAGCCCCUAAACCAUUGGUACCAUCAUUACCAGAGUCACCCAGUGAUUCUACACCCGACACUACAGGCGCGGUUGACAUCGUUGGAGUCCUCCGAAAGGCCAAGUCAUUCAAUGUCUUAAUCCGAUUGAUGAAAACAACUCAAUUGAUCAACCAACUCAAUUCACAACUAUUGACUAUCAAAACAGGUGGAUUAACCAUUCUCGCGCCAGAUGACAGCGCCUUCUCAGGACUCAAAGCAGGAUUCCUCAACUCUCUUUCCGAUGGACAGAAACUCGAGUUAUUACAAUUCCACGUUAUUUCGGACUAUGUAUCUAGCUCAAAUUUUGAUACUCUAACCAACCCUGUGAGAACACUUGCCGGUGCCAAACCCGGAAAGGUUGAGCUAAAUGUGAUAAGUUACGGUGGAAGCGUGAACAUAUCGACAGGAGAAGUGAACACUACAAUCAAUGGCAUUAUAUAUACUGAUAAGCAUCUUGCUAUUUAUAAAGUUGGCAAGGUGCUUCUUCCUACAGAAUUCUUUUCCGUUGCUAAGGCACCGGGAAAGGCGCCUUCUUUGGCACCAGAACCUUCAACUGAUACAGCAAAGGCGCCUAAAACCGAUAAGGAUACAUCCUCAGAUUCGUCGCAGGUAAUUAAUCCAACAGAAGACAAAUCUGGCUCUGUGAAGGUUAUGUGUGGAAAGUUUGUGUCAGUUGGACUUGUAUUAGGUUUGGUGGCUAUGAUGCAAACUUGAUAUUGAGAUGAGUGGAUUAUGGUUAUUUCAGUGAGUUUUUUUCUUAAGAACACACUCGUUCUGUUGCAUUAUUUUUGGUUUUGUAUUGUUUUUGAAUUUUUAGCUUAUGAUGUAUACUUUGAGAAUGAGAGGUGUAUGAAGGUUUGUGUGACUAUAUGCUAUGGUGAAUGCUAUCUUAUGCUAUUAAUUUCAUUUGCUUGUAUAUGAUCAUUGUUUUGUAAAUUUGAAAAGUUUAUUGCCAAUAAAACUCCCUAAUUAUUUUUUUGCCA